UUACAUAGCAGAUGGUACGUGAACAAUACACUACAACAACACCAGGCACUAGCCUAGAGAGGCCAAAGAAUGAAUAUAUCUACAAAAUUGGAAUUUAUGGCUGGAGAAAGCGUUGCCUCUACCUGUUUGUUCUCCUCCUGCUUAUCAUCUUAGUUGUGAAUUUUUCUUUGACAAUUUGGAUUCUUAAAGUGAUGUGGUUUUCCCCAACUGGAAUGGGACACCUGCGUGUUACAAAAGAAGGCCUUCGUCUGGAAGGGGAAUCGGAAUUCUUAUUCCCUCUUUAUGCCAAAGAAAUCCAUUCUCGAGUGGACUCGUCUCUGCUUCUCCAGUCUACUCACAACGUGACUGUGAAUGCUCGCAAUUCAAAUGGGGAAGUCACAGGCAGAUUAAAUGUGGGUCCUAAAAUGGUAGAAUUCCACAGCCAGCAAUUUCAGAUCAACUCAAAGGAUGGCAAGCCACUUUUUACGGUGGAUGAAAAUGAGGUUGUAAUUGGCACGGAUAAACUUCGAGUCACAGGUGUGAGGUUGCAUUAAAAUAGGUACAUCAAGGUGUGAUUUCUCUUUAAGCAGAAGAGACCAUCAAA